AUGGUGGAAGCCGAGCACGGAACUCCCACAUGGAAGUUCACUCAAUGCUUUGGCGACAAAGGGGACGUCGAGGACAUCACGGAGGCAGACAUCAUCUCAACUGUUGAAUUUGAUCACACAGGCAACUAUCUGGCCACUGGAGACAAAGGUGGCCGUGUUGUGUUAUUUGAACGCAACGAGACCAAGAAGACAUGCGAGUAUAAAUUUCACACCGAGUUCCAGUCUCACGAGCCCGAAUUCGAUUACCUCAAAUCCCUGGAGAUAGAAGAAAAGAUUAACAAGAUCAAAUGGUGCAAGCGUCAAAAUGCGUCCCAUUACCUACUCUCUACAAAUGAUAAGACGAUCAAGCUGUGGAAGGUCUUUGAAAAGUCCCUGAAGGUUGUGGCCGAGAACAACCUCUCAAACGAAUUGACCCCGGCAGGUGUCUCUGGCGGUGGUGCGCCUCGUCCACCUCGCCUCCACAUCAAGGACGCUUCGCAACUCAAACUGCCCCGGUUGACUCACCACGACACGGUCGUGGCAGCUGUGCCACGACGGACCUAUGCUAACGCUCAUGCAUAUCAUAUCAACAGCAUUUCUGUCAACAGCGAUCAAGAGACUUUCAUUAGUAGCGACGAUCUCCGCAUCAACCUAUGGAAUCUCAACAUCCAAGAUCAGAGUUUCAACAUCGUCGACAUCAAACCAGCCAACAUGGAGGAGCUCACUGAGGUCAUCACUGCUGCCGAGUUCCAUCCCAUUAGUUGCAAUUGGUUCAUGUAUGCCAGCUCGAAAGGCACCAUCAAAUUGGCGGACAUGCGUGAGAGCGCAUUGUGCGACCAGCAUGCAAAGCAAUUCGAGCAAGAAGAAGACCCGUCCACCCGAUCAUUUUUCUCCGAAAUCAUCUCCUCCAUCUCCGAUGUACGAUUCUCCCACGAUGGUAGGUACAUUCUGUCAAGAGACUACUUGACAGUCAAGAUUUGGGACGUCAAUAUGGAAAGACAGCCUGUCAAGACGAUACCGAUUCAUGAGCACUUGAGGCCGCGUCUGUGCGACACGUACGAAAACGACAGCAUCUUUGACAAGUUCGAAGUGGUAUUCAGCGGUGAUGGUAAAAACGUCAUGACUGGAAGCUACAACAACAACUUCAUGAUCUACCCCUCCGAUCCCGAGCAAGAGACAGAAGUGGUACUCCAAGCAGACAAAUCGGCCUUCAAGGCUAAGAAAGUUGGAGUGCCGACCCCUAUCAACUCCACCAGUCCGAAUGGAAGCAAGAAGGGAGGCUCAAGAGCAGGUAGCCCCGCCGCCGGAACCGGAAGCAGAAUGAGAAAAGAGACGGAUGCAGACCAGAUUGACUUCAAUAAGAAGAUCCUACACAUGAGCUGGCAUCCAUUCGAGGACAGCAUUGCCAUCGCUGCGACGAACAAUCUCUUUGUUUUCUCUGCCCUAUAG